AUGUAAACAAGUCAAAGCAUGGCGAUGUAAACAACGCAACCGGCAUAUUCAUAAUUUCGUCGCAGAACCGAAAUAUUAGUAAUUUCAGUAAUUAUGGAAAAGGCAAAGGAAGCAGUUGAUAAUUUGUACAGCUUUAGAGACCAUUAUUUUGAGAAGUUUCCACUUGAAAAAGCCAUAGAUAAGAAUGAUGAUGUAAAGAAAGAGAUGACCAAAACAGUUCAAGUAUUAGAUGGUUUAAAGGAUGAGAUUACAAAUAAAGCUAUUUAUCAUAUGCUGAGAGGGAGAGCACUAAAUGUUUUACCAACCUUUGAUCCCUUAGCAGAGGAAGCCUUGUCAAAAGCAGUAAAGUUAGAUCCAAAGUUGGUUGAUGCCUGGAAUGAAUUGGGAGAAAGUUAUUGGAAGAAGGGAGAAGUUCCUGCUGCAAAAAAUUGCUUUGUUGGAGCUCUUGGACAUGUAAAAAACAAGGUUUCAUUAAGAAAUUUAUCAAUGGUGCUGAAACAGCUGAGUGGUAGUCCAUCAGACAAACUUAAGAUGAUAGAAGAAAGUGUGGAGAAAGCAAAAGAUGCUGUACAACUAGACAUACAUGAUGGUACUUCAUGGUUGGUACUGGGUAAUGCAUACCUAUCAUUGUUUUUUGCUGCAGGACAGAAUCCCAAGUCUUUGAAACAAAGUAUGAGUGCUUACUUACAAGCAGAGAAAGAUUCUGUUGCCAAAAAUAAUCCUGAUCUCCAUUUUAACCGAUCUGUGGCAUUCAAGUAUGAAGAAGAUUACCAAGCAGCUGUAGAUGGUUUCUCGAUGGCAUCAAAAUUAGACCCAACAUGGACAGAACCUGGAGAGCAUGAGAAAAAUCUUAUGUCAUAUCUCACAAAUCUUAGAGAUCUGACAGAAAAUAAGGGAAAGAUUAAAGACAAAAAGAUAAAAGCCUUGGUUCAGACUAUAAAGGAUGUUGACUUAGGUCCUUAUGACGGUGGAAAGUACACAGGGCCGUCAGGGAAGACCAUUAAUCUUGUAAGGUGUAAAUUCUGUGACCUGAAACCACAGUUAAAUGCAGAGAAAGUCAUCUUAGGGAAAGUUGUGUGUACUGUUCAGUCAUAUGAACCUGUGCCAUUCUCCUUCUGUAUGGUUGAUGAUGAUGAACAGUGCUUACCUGUAAAUGUAUAUAACUUAUCACAAGGUAGUGGGGUCAAAAUUGGGGAUUCUGUAUCCAUACCAGAACCAUAUCUACAGACCAUCAAAGUCGCCCAUAAAGAUGUGAAUUUAAACUUCAAGAGUAUAAGAGUAAAUUCACCAUUAGUAUUAGUUGUAAAUGGGAAGAAACUUGGAAUAGACAAGCAGGCACCAUCAGUGUUAGCAGUCAGUGCUGUUAGCCAAUGAUUGGAAAGAACACAAACCUUGUUGAAGAUGUUAGCCAAUGAGUGAACUGAAUACAAAAAUAUGUUGGUGCUGUUGGCCAAUGAAUGUGAAAAAUACUGUAAUCAAGGACCAUAAAGUGCUGUGUAUAGCAUGUCUGUGAUACAGUUUCAGAUCUGAAACUUUUUUGUUUUGUUUUACUGAAGAGAUUUAUUGACACACAAAUUUAUUGAAUAUAAGUAAAAAUCAGAUGCACAUAUUGUAAAAAUAUAAUUGAAGAACAAGAACUAUUGAUACAAUAUAUAAUAUAAUAAUGAAAACUAAUCCUGCAAUUUAGCCUUAUUGUGCUGAGGCGGCGUAAGCAAACACCAAUCAAUCAAUCAAUCUUUAUUUGAAAGAAUAAAGUUGUUAAGGAUUUAUUCUUGGUGCAAUAUGUCAUAAAUAUUAAUAUUUGCAUAAUAUAUUGUCUAAAAUAUAUCUCAUUUCAUUUCCAUAAUAAUUAAGUUCAAGUAAACUAAUUCCUUUUCAUAAGGGAAGGAAAGUAACUGGCGUUAAGAGGGUGUAUUUUGCUUUUAAGUAAUUGGUGUUUUUAUUUCCAACUCCAAAAAAUAUUAAUAUAUAUUUGAAUAUUAUAAAUAUUUGUUUUAGAGCUAUUUUCCUAAUGCUUGUAGUUUAAAGGUUUGGUUGGCUUGCUUGCUUUGUUUGUAUUUAUAAAAGUAUAAUGUAUACAAGCCAAAGCCUCUCCUAUCUAUUGAUUGCAGAUGUCAAUCUUAAUUACAAUGCUUGAGCAAACAUUUAUACAAACAAUGCAAGCAAGCCAACCAACCGUUUAAACUACAAGCAUUAGGAAAAUAGCUCUAAAUCUAGAGGAGUGGUUGCUUUGUCUAUAUUAUUGUUACCCUAAUUUAUAUUGUAUUUUUUCUGUCAAUAUCAUACCAUAUGUGAAUGAAAAUAAUUGUCAUUUCAAGACUUUUUCAUGAAAUCUUCAUACAUAUGUAUUUCAAAAUAAAUUAUUUUGCUGGAA